AUGUGUCUCCUGCGAUGUAGGCCUCCACCAUGGAACGCCAGGCUUUUUGAUCCACUGUUCGGACACUCUCGAGCCGGGAAGCCAGUUUUAAUUCUUGGACAUCAUCGUUUUAACUAUCAAAAUUUGGGCGAUGAUAAAUGGAAGAAGUUGUGGCGAUGCGAUCAAUGGAGUAAAGUCACAUACGGAGUGUCCCAAAGAGGGAACCCGAUACUGAUGGUUGGCCAAAAUAGGUUUAAGAAGACUUCUGGCUAUGGUCAAAAGAGCUGGUGGCAUUGCAUCAAGCGUUCUACCACCAGCUGUCCUGCAAGUAUAAGCCUGCACGGAAAUUUUAUAGUCAAGGCAAAUAAUUUGCACAACCACCAACACAUAAGUACAAAUAUGUUUCAUCUAAUGCGAGCCAUCCUUCGUGCUCGUUUUUGCCGAGACUCAACAAACAUUUAUAUCGGUGGGCAUAAGUUCUUCAGGCACUCACGGUCGCUCCUAGGCAACAGGAUUAGAUGGACGUGCGCCAAGAAGCACAAAUUGAAGUGCAAGGCUUCGGCGGUGACUAUCGAUGGAGUUGUGGUGUCAACUACGGGAUUGCAUUCGCAUAAUUAA